AUGACACCAGUGUAUGAUGAUGAGUUUUCAACUGACUACAUCAAUGCAAGCUUUGUGAGCGCAUAUACAGUGAAAGAAUCAUUUAUGGUGACUCAGAUGCCAUUACCAAAUACUAUUGUAGAUCUGUGGAGAAUGGUUUAUGAUUACAAAUCAACGUCUAUUGUUAUGCUCAAUGAUAUGGAUCACAAUGAUAAGACUCUUGGACAAUACUGGCCUGAUGAGGGCGUUAUGCAGUGUGGACCAUUCCUGGUAGAGACUGUGAAAACUGAUAAAAUGAAAAAUAUAACAACAAGAACGAUACAACUGACAAAUGCAAAAGGAGUAGUAAAAACAAUUCAGCAGUUUCAGGUAACAUGUUGGCCAGCUGGUCAGGAAUUCCCCACAAGUAAAUCUGUGAUUGUUGAUCUGAUGUCAAAGGUUGAAAGAUGGCAACAGCAAACUGGUAAUGGACCAGUGACUGUUCACUGCAUCAAUGGUAUUGGUCGUAGUGGCGUAUAUUGUGCAUCAGUGUCUACUUGUGAAAGAAUCAAAGUGGACCAGAUGGCUGACAUCUUCCAAGCUGUGAAAGCACUCAGAACUAAUCGACCGCACAUGCUAGAAAGUAUGGCUCAGUAUAAAUACUGUCAUGACGUCAUCCUGGAUUACUUUGAAUCUUUCGAUACAUAUUCUAACUUCCAGUAA